UUGGUGUGAUCCGGUGCCCCAUAUGCCGCCAGGAGUGCAGACAGAUUGAUCUGGUGGAUAACUACUUUGUAAAAGACACCUCCGAAACACCCAGCAGCUCCGACGAGAAGUCAGAACAGGUGUGUACGAGCUGUGAAGACAACGCUAGUGCUGUGGGAUUCUGUGUGGAGUGUGGCGAGUGGCUGUGCAAGACUUGCAUUGAAGCUCACCAGCGCGUAAAAUUUACUAAAGAUCACAUGAUCAGGAAAAAAGAGGAUGUAUCCUCGGAGGCCGUGGGAGCAUCUGGUCAACGUCCUGUUUUCUGUCCUGUCCACAAACAAGAGCAGUUAAAACUUUUCUGUGAAACAUGUGACAGGCUGACAUGCAGAGACUGUCAGUUACUGGAGCACAAAGAACACAGGUACCAGUUUCUGGAAGAAGCUUUUCAGAACCAGAAGGGUGCGAUCGAGAACCUGUUGGCAAAACUUCUUGAGAAGAAAAACUAUGUCAAUUUUGCUGCUGCCCAAGUUCAGAAUAGGAUAAAGGAAGUAAAUGAAACUAACAAACGAGUAGAACAGGAAAUCAAAGUGGCUAUAUUCACACUCAUCAAUGAAAUCAAUAAAAAGGGAAAAUCUCUCUUACAGCACCUUGAGAAUGUUACAAAGGAGAGACAGAUGAAGUUAAUACAACAACAGAAUGACAUCACUGGUCUUUCGCGACAAGUGAAGCACGUGAUGAACUUCACGAAUUGGGCUAUUGCAAGUGGCAGCAGCACUGCUCUGCUCUACAGUAAACGGCUGAUCACAUUCCAGUUACGGCAUAUUUUAAAGGCACGUUGUGAUCCUGUCCCAGCUGCCAAUGGAGCAAUACGUUUCCAUUGUGACCCCACGUUCUGGGCCAAGAAUGUCGUCAACUUAGGCAACCUUGUCAUUGAAAAUAAACCAACCCCUGGUUACACCCCUAACGUAGUGGUUGGACAGACUCCUCCAGGGACCAACCACGUCAACAAAGCCCCAGGACAGAUCAACCUGGCGCAGCUCCGACUCCAGCACAUGCAGCAGCAAGUGUAUGCGCAAAAGCACCAGCAGCUGCAGCAGAUGAGGAUGGGGCAGCCCGCCGGGUCCGUUCCCAGGCAGACGAGUCCGCAGGUCCUGCAGCAGCAGCCUCCCAGGUUGAUCAGCAUGCAGACCAUGCAGAGGGGUAACAUGAACUGUGGGGCUUUCCAAGCACAUCAGAUGAGAAUGGCUCAGAAUGCUGCUCGUAUACCAGGAAUACCACGCCACAAUGGACCACAAUACUCCAUGAUGCAACCUCACCUUCAAAGACAAUCACGCUUUUUGCAUUCUAACCCUGGGCACGCGGGGCCUUUUCCGGUUGUUUCUGUGCACAACACCACUAUUAAUCCAACUAGUCCUACUACAGCAACAAUGGCAAGUGCAAACCGUGGUCCAACGAGUCCGUCCGUUACAGCAAUCGAGCUCAUCCCCUCCGUAACAAACCCAGAGAAUUUACCCUCCCUACCAGAUAUCCCACCCAUCCAGCUUGAAGAUGCUGGUUCGAGUAGUUUAGAUAACCUCCUCAGCAGAUACAUUACAGGCAGCCACCUACCCCCGCAGCCCACAAGCACCAUGAACCCCUCCCCAGGACCUUCCGCUCUCUCUCCAGGGUCAUCAGGUUUAUCCAACUCCCACACUCCUGUGAGGCCGCCCAGUACCUCCAGCACUGGCAGCAGAGGAAGCUGUGGCUCCUCGGGCAGAACUGCUGAGAAAACUAGCAUUAACUUCAAGUCUGACCAAGUGAAAGUCAAGCAAGAGCCGGGGACAGAGGAAGAGAUAUGCAGUUUCUCAGGAACAGUGAAACAGGAAAAAACAGAGGAUGGCAGGAGGAGCGCUUGCAUGCUUAGCAGUCCCGAGAGCAGCUUGACGCCACCACUGUCCACUAACUUGCACCUGGAAAGCGAAUUGGAAGCCUUGGGGAGCCUUGAAAAUCACGUGAAAACAGAACCAGCAGAUUUAAGUGAAAGUUGCAAACAGUCUGGACAUAGCCUUGUAAAUGGAAAAUCCCCGGUGCGAACCCUAAUGCACCGGUCAGCUCGAACGGGAGGAGAAGGCAGUAACAAGGAUGAUGACCCGAAUGAGGACUGGUGUGCCGUAUGCCAGAACGGAGGGGAUCUGCUGUGUUGUGAAAAGUGCCCGAAGGUGUUUCACCUGACUUGUCACGUGCCAACACUCCUCAGCUUCCCAAGUGGGGAGUGGAUAUGUACGUUCUGCAGAGAUCUGAGCAAACCAGAGGUAGAAUACGAUUGUGACAAUUUACAACACAGCAAGAAGGGGAAAACAGCGCAAGGCCUGAGUCCUGUGGACCAAAGGAAAUGCGAACGCCUCCUGCUGUACCUGUAUUGUCAUGAGCUGAGCAUUGAAUUCCAAGAGCCCGUCCCAGCCUCGAUACCAAACUACUAUAAAAUUAUAAAGAAACCAAUGGAUUUGUCUACGGUGAAAAAGAAACUGCAGAAGAAGCAUUCACAACAUUACCAGACUCCUGAGGAUUUUGUGGCAGACGUCCGGUUGAUCUUCAAGAACUGUGAAAGGUUUAAUGAAAUGAUGAAAGUUGUUCAAGUUUAUGCAGAAACACAAGAGAUUAAUUUGAAGGCGGAUUCAGAAGUAGCGCAGGCAGGGAAGGCAGUUGCAUUGUACUUUGAAGAUAAACUUACAGAGAUCUACCCAGACAGGACCUUCCAGCCUUUGCCUGAAUUUGAGCAGGAGGAGGAUGAUGGUGAAAUAACUGAGGACUCCGAUGAAGAUUUUAUACAACCACGUAGAAAACGCCUAAAAUCAGAUGAGAGACCAGUGCAUAUAAAGUAACCUAAUGAUACGGACCUCAAUUUAUUGUAAAAACUGUUAUUUAAGUGUUCCUGGAAUAUUGUCAUGCCUGCAGUGGCCAUCUUGAAGAAGCUGAUAACUUUUAAAACAGUAUUAGAACACAAAAAACACUUGUACAGAAAAGCAUUCUCAUCAAAAGGGGGAAAAAAAACUGUAUUGUAAAUUUUUGGUGGUUUUUUCCUUUUCCCUUGAUUAUUUGCUACACUCUCUCUUUUCCUGGUGGAGGGGACACACUGUUCCUGGUCCCACAGAUAGAGGUGGAUGAAUGUUGGAGGAGCAGGUUUGGCAGGAGCUGUUCCCUGUGCGGCUGAGGCC